AUGUAUACGCUGCUCUUUGURCUUUUUGCAAAUUAUUUCAACUUUUCCGUUACGAAAGCCGGUGGUCCCGAAGUCUGUAUCGAUCAAUUGGGCUGUAUCGAAGGUAUUUAUGCAACAGGCAGUGAGGGUCAAGAAUAUGAGGCCUUUUAUGGCAUACCGUUUGCUAAACCACCGAUCGGUGAAUUGCGAUUUAAGCACCCUAUACCAGUUGAACCAUGGAAGGACAAACUUAUGGUCAAAGAACCGAGAACUGAAUGCAUUCAAUAUAACCCAAUUCCACACAUACCUAUGAUUAGUGGUGAAGAGGACUGCCUUUACUUGAAUUUGUAUCGCCCUAAAAAAGCGUCUACUGAGAAGCUACCCAUUUUGUUCUACAUACACGGUGGAGGCUUUUUUUCGGGCACUCCAAGUCCCGCAGUGAAUGGUCCUGAAUAUUUUAUGGAAACUAAUGAGGUUAUAUUGGUAUUAGCCGCAUAUCGCUUAGGUCAAUUUGGUUUUCUUAGUACCGGUGAUGAGCAUAUGACUGGUAAUUUUGGACUUAAGGACCAGAACAUGGCGCUUAAAUGGGUACAAAAAUAUAUUGCUGUCUUCAACGGUGAUCCUUCGCGUGUUACUAUUUUUGGCCAUAGUGCUGGCAGUUUUUCUUCGCAUUUCCACAUGUUAAGCCCGGCUUCAAAAGGUUUGUUUCGCAAUGCUGUAUUAAUGAGCGGCCAUGCAAAUUGCCCGCUCUUAAGACAAAUCAAUCAAAAGUCUCAGGUCAUUCAAUUAGCUAAGUCUGUUGGAAUUAAAAAUGCUAACGAAAUGUCCUCAAGUGAACUAGCUGACAUGUGUAUAAGAGACAGAUCAUGGCCGGAACCUUUCCUAACCGAAGAUAUAUUCAAAUUAAUCGGUCCAAAAAUGCCUAAAACUGUGCCAUGGAUUGGUGGUUAUACCUCGUCAAUUGGUGAAGGCACGGUCAUUGCGCUAAGAUUAUCUACGGAU